UCUUAGUUUUUGUUGACCUUUUUGUCAUUCCUUGUUGGACACAGACCAAGUGAAUCACUGAAGAUAACACUUGAAGGAGAAACAGGUCUGCAGUUGGAGCUGUGGGGUGGAGUUAAAUUUUUGGUCAAUUCUUUUUUUUUCUUGGCCACUUGUGAUACUUGUGAAGACAGCCCACUCUCUCAGCUUCCUUCCUGUCUCACUGCCGAGCAGUGGUUCUCGGGCGCCGAGAGCUCGGAUGCAUCUCUCACUGGACGCCACACCGACCAUGGUGGAUGGUGACUGCCUUGCAUCAGACAACUACCACGACCUAAAGGGCGGCAGCUCCAGUGUGGGAGGCCGAGUACACAGCAUUGACGUCAUCCUGGGCUUCAGUAAAGACCAGGACCCCCUGCUCAACCCAGUCGGCACUGGUGGUGUCCAAAAAAUUGAUAUGCUGCAGGGCAAGCAGGGCCCCACUGAACUGUACGGCCACCUGCCAGGGAUCACAGAGGCCCAGCCACAGACAGAAUAUCAGGAUCCAGGACUCUUCUCAAGCAAUGCAAGUAAUGACAGUAACAGUAAGUGCGAUGCGGAGCUGUGCGACCUCCAGAAAGGCAUGGACACUGAUAGCAGGUCCCCCGAGCCCCACGAGGAGGACAUGCCCAAGAAGAAGCACCGCCGCAACCGCACCACCUUCACCACCUACCAGCUCCACGAACUGGAGCGUGCCUUCGAGAAGUCCCACUACCCCGAUGUGUACAGCCGUGAAGAGCUCGCCAUGAAGGUCAACCUGCCUGAAGUCCGGGUUCAGGUCUGGUUCCAGAACCGGCGUGCAAAAUGGCGGCGCCAGGAGAAGAUGGACACCAGCACGAUGAAGCUGCACGACUCGCCCAUGCUCUCCUUCAACCGGCCGCCCAUGCCCACCAAUGUGGGGCCUAUGACCAACUCCCUGCCCCUGGACCCAUGGCUGGCCUCCCCCCUGGCCAGCACCACGCCCAUGCACAGCAUCCCCGGCUUCAUGGGCCCCACGCAGAGCCUCCAGCCUGGGUACGCCCCGCACCCUGGCUACCUCAACACCUCCCCGGGCAUGGUGCAGACCAUGCAGACCAUGCAGACUAUGCAGACCAUGCAGACUAUGCCGCCUCCACCCUACCAGUGUCCUCCAGCCUUCAAUGACAAGUAUCCUCUGGAGGACGUAGACCAGCGCCAUUCCAGCAUCGCUGCACUCAGGAUGAAGGCCAAGGAGCACAUCCAGUCCAUGGACAAAACCUGGCCGCACAUGUGACUAGAGGAUUGGACAUCUGGGAGAAUGUAAUGCACGGAGAGAGCAGCUUCUAUGCAGCAGUUCAGUCCAACAGCACUGGAUUGUUCUCUGACAUUCUAGAAGAAUGGAACUGUGUUGGACUUUGUGUGUUUGUUUGUCUUUUUAUCCUUUUACAUUUUUUUGCAAAGACUUUUACAAGAAAAGUCCCUUCAGACUUUUGUAAAGUUUUCUCAGUUUGAUGACCAAAGCGACCUUCGAGAUGAGGUGUUGGUAGAACUGCUUGUGCACAUGAGGGGCUGCAAUGGCACUGUGUGACAGAGUCUAAUAAGCUGCUAUUUUGAUUGGUGUAUCACAACAAAGAGGAAUUAUGACAUCAGUGUUUCAUGGAACAGUGAGCCCCCCUCCCCCCAUCUUGAACUUCAUCAAUAACAACAGCACCACUGUCAAACCUGGAUGGUUUCAAUGUUGCCCACACUAACCUGUUCUCUGCUUGUCUGAGGGUAGGUUAGUGGACAAGCCCAAGUCAAAAUAAAUGGACUUUCUAAACCACAUUCACAAUAAGUGGUAAAGUUUUAAAGUUUAAACUCACAUGCACACAUGUAACAGGUAAAGGAAUUAUUCAAUCAAUCAAUCAAUCAGUCUAGGGUUUGUUCCUCGAAAGCAUUCGGUUAGUUGACUUAGGCUCAGUUCUUGAUCUGUUUAGGUUUAGACAUCAGCUCAGUCUUCUCCUUUUGAGAAAAGGAAACGCUAGGCCUUGCAAUCUGUCACUCAUUAACCAAUUUGUGAAGACAUGGAGCUCUAGGUGUCUCCCUAACAGCUUUUAGUUGGUAGUCUUUAUGCCUACACCUAACAGACGUCACACUCAGUAAACACACCUGCACGCCCAAUAGACUUCUUAUAAGAAGUU